AUGGCCGAAGUUAUGAUGAGCCAUUACGCCCCACAGAAUCUCUCAAUCACUUCUACCAACAGCGUGAACAAUUCCUGGGUGAAUAUAAAAGAAGGGAUUCCUACAUCGAUCCUCUGCUCCGUCCAGAGUUUCCCAGUGUCUAAUCUAACAUGGAGACAUCUCGGUGUCACACUGAACACAAGAAGUUCCAGUAAUGAACUGUGGCUGGAAUUUCCUCAGGUGACCCCCCAGCAGGCUGGAGUCUAUCAGUGUGUGGCGGAGAAUAAACACGGGACAGCGGAGAGGGCCGUCACCCUCAGUGUGGAGUAUGCUCCACAGAACAUCUCAAUCACUUCUCUCAACAGCGUGAACAAUUCCUGGGUGAAUAUGAAGGAAGGGAUUCCUACAUCGAUCCUCUGCUCUGUCCAGAGUUUCCCAGUGUCUAAUCUAAUGUGGAGACAUCUCGGGGUCACACUGAACACAAUAAGUUCCAGCAAUGAACUGCGGCUGGAGUUUCCUCAAGUGACCCCCCAGCAGGCCGGAGUCUAUCAGUGUGUGGCGGAGAAUGAACACGGGACAGCGGAGAGGGCCAUCACCCUCAGUGUGGAGUAUAAGCCUGAGAUUUCUCGGGACUCAGGAUGCACUCGGACCCCCGAUGUCAUCACAUGCGUGUGUGCGGCCAGAUCAAACCCACCCGGAGAGCUCACCUGGCACCUCCCCCUCGCCAGCCUCAGCGGGAACCAGACGCACGGUCGUUUCCAGACGUGGCAGGUGGCAGACGGGCAACUGGUGACUGGCUCGCUGACCUUGAGUGUGGGCGAGGGAGAGGAGGAUGGGACCGCCUUCUGUACAGUCCGAAACCAGCAUGGAGAGGCCAUGUUCGCGGUGUACCUGUGGAUGAAAGGUGGGGUCUCUGCUGUCUGGAUCACAGUGUUACUCACGAGCAAUGGCGUUCUCAGUAUGCUACUGGCUGGAUUCUUCAUCUCCAGGUACAUCCCGAGACGGGAUGCACGGACCAAGGAGACGGCCUUGGAGAUCCUGGACAGCACCGUCAGCUCCACUGCACACUUGACCGCAUCUCAGGACACGGAGAGGCAGAGGAGGAGCCGGAUCCCACUGGAAGUUUCACCAGUAAUGCCCGUUGGAGAGGUGGAGGAGUGUGACCCGGUGUAUGCCAACCUGCGGGAACUGCCUGGCGGUGGGGGUCCUGUUCACAGGGGGGAGACGGUCACAUAUGCAGCGUUGCACUUCCAGUCAGUUGGACCAGCCUGAGGGGUCACAGCACUGGUGGUUGGGGGGUGGGGGGAGGUUGGGGAGAGAUCCUUCUGGUUCUCCGGGAGAUAGCCAGUGCUGGAGGGAACAUUGCAGCCAACUACACAGCAGGAUCCCACAAAGCACUGGGUCCCACAGACCCAGGUUACCACCUACUUUCUAAUCAUGUUCAUUCAUAUCAAGCGAAACUGGAGACUCGCUGAUUCAGACAAAUAAAAUCACAUUGCUUUUAUUGGAGGGUGCAGGGUGAACAGUGAAGAGAUAGAAUCGCUCAGGGAUUGCCACUCGAGAGUUAGGGGAGCUGUUCAGUGGGGAGUACAGUGGGAGGGAUGGUGAA